AUGCGUCUCCCAGCGACAGACUCCACCCACCACCACACCUCCACCCACCACCACCACCACACCUCCUCCUCCUCCUCCUCCACCAUGAGCUGUGAGCAGGAGUUUGGGGACGGGGCCAUGGGAGUGACGCUGACACUCCGGCUCCUGAUGCACGGAAAGGAAGUAGGAAGCAUUAUCGGCAAAAAAGGAGAAACUGUGAAGAGAAUACGAGAAGAGAGCAGUGCCCGGAUCAACAUCUCCGAAGGCUCCUGUCCCGAGAGGAUCAUCACCAUCACAGGCCCCACAGACUGUGUGUUCCGGGCCUUCACCAUGAUCGCCUUCAAACUGGAGGAGGACCUGACGGCUCUCGUGGCCAACGGUACGAUGACCAACAAGCCUCCGGUGACUCUGCGGUUAGUCAUCCCGGCCAGUCAGUGCGGCUCUCUGAUCGGGAAAGGAGGAUCCAAGAUUAAAGAAAUCAGAGAGACCACAGGGGCCCAGGUGCAGGUGGCAGGGGACCUCCUCCCGAACUCCACAGAGAGGGAGGUGACCAUCUCCGGCAGCCAGGACGCUAUCAUCCAGUGUGUGAAGCUCAUCUGCACCGUCAUACUAGAGUCUCCGCCAAAGGGAGCUACAAUUCCAUAUCGACCGAGCCCCAUUCCAGGAACCGUGCUGCUGGCUGGAAAUCAGGUGUUCGAGGCGUCAGACUUUGGCUCUCACCCGCUCUUCUCAGUGGCACAGGGAGUGGACCUGCAGCAAACAUACGCGUUACAGAGCCACUACGGCAUUCCACACACAGAGUUGGCCAAACUCCACCAGUUGUCGUUGCAGCAGCAGAGUCUGAGCCACAUCAGUCAAGCUGCGACACAAGUUCUGUCAGCCGGAGUGGAGGCCAGUUCUCAGACCACGUCUCAGGAGCUGCUGAUUCCAAACGAUCUGAUUGGUUCCAUCAUCGGUCGCCAGGGCACCAAGAUAAACGAGAUCCGGCAGGUUUCGGGAGCACAGAUAAAGAUCGGGAGUCAGAUGGACGGUACCAGCGACCGCCACGUCACCAUCACUGGGACGCCCAUCGCCAUCAACCUGGCCCAGUACCUCAUCACCUCCUGUUUAGAGACGGCCAAAUCCACGGCCCAGUCCUCCUCCAUGCCGCCUCCCGUUGACCUGACCAUGAGCUUCACCCAGCCCGCCCCCUCCGCCUCGCCCUCCCCCUCCUCCCUGGCAGCGAUGGGCGCCACCCUGCCCCACGCUCAGAUCCUGGGUGCCCCGUACGCCCUCCCCCUGUCCAGCCUCCUGGGGGUCAAAUCCAUCCCUUACCUGGCACUGUCCACCCCUCCCGCCUCAGCAGCAGCAGCAGCAGCAGCAGCAGCCAUGGGGGGUCCCGUCAUGCCCGCGGUGACGGCAGCGACGGCGGUUCCGGUCCAGGCUCACGCGGCGGCGGCUCUGGCCUCCUACACGGCUAAGAUCUCCAGCUCGGCAAACUGCGUGAAGAAACCGGAGAGGCAGAAGUUUGCACCGUACUAA